CCGGGGCGGCCGGUUGAAGCGCGCGUGGGAUGCGCUGCCGCUAAAAUGGCCGGCACUCGGCCACUCGUGGUCGCUUGGUGCACCUGGUGGUGGCUUACUAUCACAGCCGCCGCUGAACUGGACCUGCUGGCGGCCCUGUCUCUGCACAACUCGAGCCACACUGGCGUGACCUCAGUGCCCGGGUACCAGCCCCAACUCACUGCCUACACCCUACAAGGUGAUUCGCGAUUGCUGCAAGUAGAGGGUGCGGCCUUUGAACAUGCCACAGAGUUGCUACGGCGAUCUCCAGAGUUCACUAUACUCACAACUCUUCGACAAGAGCCGGCCAAUUCCGGUACUAUACUGUCCUUCUCCCAUGGCUUUAAUAGGUACCUUGAACUGCAGUCCAGCGGGCGCCGGGAUGAAGUUAGACUGCACUACGUGGCGACAGGUGGUACCGCGCCGAGGGUUGAGACAUUCCCCUUCAGACUGGCCGACGGUGUCUGGCACCGGGUGGCACUGGCGGUAUCAGGAGCACAAGCCACUCUGUUCGUAGACUGCCAUCCACUUUACCGACGUCUCAUACCACCACCUGAUAGAAAUUUUACUCAACCCCAGCUCGCACUUUGGAUAGGCCAAAGAAACAACAAGCACUCAUUAUUCAAGGGAACUCUUCAAGAUGUAAGGUUAGUUAGUGGACCACACGGCUAUCUAGUUCAAUGUCCAGGCUUAGAUUCCGAAUGUCCUACGUGUGGCCAGUUCGCGUUGCUACAAGCAACCGUUCAGGAACUAACGUCGCAUAUUCAUGACUUAUCCCUCAAGCUUGUAGGUACCGAAGCUCGUCUGUCACGAUUGGAGCAGUGCGACUGUCAGAAGUCUUGUUAUUCAAAUGGAACAGUUCAUGCUGAUGGUGCUACGUGGCAAAAAGAUUGUAAUCGCUGUUCUUGCGUGCAUGGAGAAAUUAAGUGUAGGCCUGUGGAAUGCGAUAGGGCAGAAUGCAAAAACCCCGUUCUACAUCCAGGUGAAUGCUGCCCAACGUGUUUAAGACAAUGCUUGCUGAAAGGGACGCUUUAUGAGCAUGGUGAACGAUUUGCUCCUAAAGAGUGUGCGGAGUGUGUUUGCCACGAUGGUACUAUGCAAUGCACCAGGGUGGACCCGGAGACUGCUUGUCCACCUCUGCCUUGCGAUCCACCGGAUCAGUUCACCGUGCCAGGAGAAUGUUGUAAAUUUUGUCCAGGUGUGGAUUAUUGUAGCAUGGGACAUUCGUGCGAUGAAAACGCAACAUGCAUGAAUCUCAACACUAAAUACACGUGCAAAUGUAACCAAGGAUUUCAGGGAGAUGGACUUACUUGUGAAGACGUUGACGAGUGCCAGCAGGCGGGCGGUCUGUACGGCCAUCAUUGCCACUCCAACACGCGGUGUGUCAACGUAGUUGGUGGGUAUGUGUGUCAGUGCUUGCCCGGCUAUUCGCGUAGAGACAAGUUCAACUGUGUUGAGGUGGACGAGUGCGCGGCGGAGAGCCACGGGUGUCACAUACAUGCCGAGUGCUCCAACACGCCGGGUUCCUAUACGUGUCGCUGUGCAGAGGGCUACUCGGGAGAUGGCUACACAUGCACGCCAAUAUGCACGGGCGGUUGUUUGAACGGCGGCGCGUGCGCGGGCCCCGAGCAGUGUGUGUGUGCGCGCGGUUUCCGCGGCGCGCGCUGCGAGCGUGACGUAGACGAGUGCGCGGCGCCCGUCCCCGCGCACCCCGCGGCCCCCGCGGCCCCCGCGUCGCCCUGCGUACCGCGGGCUGCGUGUCGCAACACACCCGGCUCCUACUACUGCGUCUGCCGCGACGGCUACAGGCGGGAUCCGCACAGAGAUCACUGCGAAGAUGUAGAUGAAUGUACAGAAGGGUUCCACACGUGUCACCCGAGCGCGCGCUGUGUCAAUACUGAUGGUGGAUUCCGCUGUCACUGUGAAUCAGACCACUGUGAACUUAGUUGUUCGUGGCAAGGCAGCAUCGUGGAAGAUGGGAGCCGCUGGGUGGAGGCAGGCGGUUGUCGCGCGUGUUCCUGCCAUGCUGGCGUCGCAACAUGUUCUCGUUCACUCUGUCCCUGCGACGUCGAUAAUACAUCACUCGCUAUUGAGAGUAGGGAGUCGUCGCUAAGUGUGGCGCCAAUGUCUUGCUGCCCUCACUGCGAAGCUCGCUUCCACUGCAGGCAUCAGGAGAUGCACCACGUCACGUUCCGCAGUGGGGAGCGGUGGCUUUACCAAUGUCAAAUUUGUGAAUGUCUUCUGGGAGAGGUGGACUGCUGGGAGCCGCAAUGCGAGGAGGGUGGAGGGUGCUGCGGGGGCGGUACGGGAUGGGACGCCGGCGCGAGUAGCGAGGCGGGGGCUGCGGGGAGUGCGGGGAGGGAGUGGCGCGCGGCACACCGGUUACAACUGGCCGGCUGCGCGCCGCCGCACUGUCCCGCUUGCACUGGCGGGCAGUGCGCUACUUUGGUGAGCAAUCUCGCGUGUUGUGUGCAUCGAGCGCGCCGCGGAGUGACGGCGGCCCUGGCACUAGCGGCGCUGUGGCUGGGGGGAGCGCCGCGCCCGCACCGCAAGCACCGUGGCGCUCGGCGCUAGAGCCGCCCUGACCGCCGCACGCACACCUUAUUUAUUCUAGAUAGAUCUAAUCUUAACCAAUUGUCGCGGCCGCGCCGCUCGCCUCGAACCUCAUCGUCAAAGCAAUAUAUUAUAUACAACGUAUGAUGUAGCUUGAUUACAAUAACAGACGCCGGCAAACCGACUCAAUAGAACAAUAAUUGUUUACUUUAAGAUCAUAUAUAGUAGUGCAAAUAAUAUUAUAGAACUGCUGUUAUUUAAUCAAGUUACGUUUGAUAGAUUAUAGUUAUCAUAAGUAGGCUGUUAGUUGAAUCACGAAAGCGCGUGUGCAAGCGGCUCGGCUCGGCGAAUGCUUGUCGAUCAGCUUGGGACGUCACGUCUCGAGCGCACGUUCGCUCGCCCGACAUCUGUAGCGGCCGCUGGUCUUUCGCCACCGGCUGUAUUGAUGGCUGGAUCGUGGAUGUGAGAGUGUUAGAGUGAAUGGAGUGCGUCAGACAGACUGCGGCCGGUGGACACCGUUCGCGCCCCCGGUCCUCCUCGUUCCCCCCGCAUUCUGUAAUCUUCCAUUCUAAAUUAUGAAAUAUGAUCGCUUGUUCUAAUUAUAAUAGAUUGUAUCUGUAUUUAGCUGUUGUUGUAAUUGUAAUAGAGUCGUGAACGCGCCGCCGGGGGUGCCUCGAAGAACCGUCGUGCUCUCAAUCCUAAAGGCCUAAUGUCUAAUCUAGAUCUCGAAUCUGUAUAAAGUUUGUAUAUAAGAUAUCGCACAGAGUUCGCGAUCUUCGCCUGUGCGCUCGAUGCCCGUGUUGUAAUAAAUUUUCUUAAUAUAUAUUAGUUUAUGUUUGUCUUUGUAUAAAGAUGGUCGUUUUCAUGAAUUAUUUGAAACUAACCAAAAAUAGGUACCAAAUAUAGACAUAUAUGAUUGUUUCUUAAUUUCAUAAAGCAUUUUUAUGCUUGCAUGUUGUAUUGUGUUCAAAAAAAUCAAUUAAAAAGAUAUCC